UCCUAUUCUGGUUACUCAAAGUUCAGGAAAAACGAGUUGGCAGACAUUCUCUGUGUUUUGUUCCCUCCCCUUCUCGCGCUCUCUUUUUCUCUCACUGUCAUAGCCUCUUCUCACUGCCAGUCAUUGUUUUUGUCCCAGUGAGAUUGUGAGCUCCUCUCUUCAAUUCUUUCUCUCGAACUCUCCUGUUGUCGGUUUGGUGUUUGGUGGUUGUGACCCCUCUAUUAUGCCAUGGGAGACCCUGUGCCUUUCUCCAUCCUGAACGAGAGACUGAGACCACAGUUUACUGCCAUGGAACAACUCUGCUACUCCCUGCACACCCUGGAAGAUGGACACCAGCUGCCUGGCAUUGUCAGUGGCAGUUCAACCACACGGUCUACAAUACUGAGAGAUGAAAUACAAACACAGGAUGAUUCAAGCUCAACCACGACCGAACCAGAGGAUGACCCAGAGAAGGAGGAUGUGGUCACAGAAAGGUUGACUUCUCUGACCGAAGAGGGGGACAACUGUCAUGAUCUGUUGACCAUGACCAGUACCUGCUUGAUGCAAUCUUUGACCGCAGAAGAUGCUGGUCCUGAUGGUUCUGGUGAGCUGACUGUGGUCAAGGAGAGUUUGGCCAUAGAGAAUGGCGAUCCAGGUGUUUUGACCAUGGUCAGUGAGGGAGAUGGUUCUGAUGAGGUCAGUGAGGAUAAGAGCCCUUUCAGACGGAGCUACAUAGACCGAAUCUUACCGGACCUCAUCAGGAGUGGACAACAGAUCAGCAGACGCAGAACAUUAGGACCAGUGUCCGACACGUUGAAGGAAGUGCGUCGGGAGGUGGCGCUGUCAGUGAGACGCAGUCUGAGGCUGAAGGCUCAGGUGGACAAACUACAGGAGAACAGAGACGAACCGGGAUGGAUCCAACACAGGGAGAAGGUUACAGAGGAGGUUCAGUCCGUUCUGAGGUUGUUGCUUCCUCUGACAGAAGCAGAGUCCAGCAUAGUAGAACCAUCUGUUCAGGAGAACAGUCUGGACACAGCACUGGUCCUGCUGCAGAACGUCGCACGCAAACUAGCUCUCAGCCACACAGCACAGGAUUCCCAGUUCUGGGUUAAAAAAGGGAAUGGUAUGGAUGACAGUGCUGUUUUACAACAGGCACUACGGGACAGAGACGAUGCCAUGGACAAGAAGAAGGCCAUGGAGGCGGAGCUUCUCCGCAGUAAGACAGAGAUGAUGUUACUGAACAACCAGCUGUUGGAGGCUGUGCAGAAACGACUGGAGCUCUCACUGGAACUAGAGGCCUGGAAGGACGACAUCCAGCGGAUCCUGCAGCAGCAGCUCCAGAGCCAGCAGGAAGCAGAACAAGCCCAGAGGAAACCCUCCCGUCUGGGGCUGCUGAGGAGAACUAAAGAACCCCCACACCAGAGGCCAGCCUUCACCCCUGCACCCUCUCCGGCCCUACAACGCACCCCUGUUACCUGGAGGGACAGGCUGAAGAGGGGGAAGACUGGUCGUCAUGGUGACCAGGAGGCAGCGCAGGCGUCACCGGUGUCGCGGUCGUCGAGUAGCAGCAGCAGACUGGAGGGGUUUCAUACCAUAGACUUAUAAUACAACAUGAGAGGGACAAAUCAUUGCUACUUGAUACAUUUUUCAAACUGUUGAUUCCUACUGGGAGAGAUACAUGGAUUACACACAUUCACAAUGAGUAUAAAUCUCUACUUGAGGAAAACAUUCAUAGUACAUUUGGGUUGUAGAGUCUCUCCAUCUGUAAUCAUUAAUUUAACUAUAACGCGUGUCUUUGAUUAAAGUAAUUGAAACGUCCUUCCAAAUGCUGAGCGUGCUGUUUAUUCUAGUCGAGGAUACAAGUACACAGCUAAAAAUUUUGGAUGAAACAGCCACAAUGUCCCAAGGAUAUCACAAUUUACCAAGUGCAGACUAACUGGUAUGAGACAGGAAGACAAGACGUUCGUUUUUUUCCCCCUUCAAUUUUAAUAUACAUCAGUAAUACAUCAUUAAAUAUUUCUCAAUUAUUCACCCAAUGUAUCUCAAACUACAUAACAUUUGACAUUGAAUGAACGUUACUGUGGCAAAGUUAAAAUGCAUAGGCCUAUCGACAACUGAACCAGAGGAUGAAAAGGCAUGCUCAUAGUAAAAUAGACUAAAUUACUGUUUGUCAAUUUCAACAUGAACAUAAAUAAAUUAAACAUUUCAUCUCAUACCUGGGUUAAAUUGGUUCAAUUAGUAUUGGUUUUAUUUCAAAUACUUUAGGUGUGCGCUUGAUUGAGCUUGUACAGUGUUAAUGGAAUAGUCCCAAAAGUGCAAAGCCCAUCAACCCAGGUUCAAUAUCUGUAAAUCUUUCCCCUAGACACAUUCUUGACCAACAGAAAGCCAAUAUGAACCCUGGGGUCUGAGUAUGAUUGGUAGGGGAUUGCCUAGCUACUCAAUUACAACUAUUUUAGUUAAAACAAGGGUAAGCUUGUUCAACACGAACCAUUCUGAUAUAUUUAGUUAUUUAAACCUGGCAUCCAAUGGAGUACACUUUUUGUUUAACUUCCAACUGAUCAAAAUACUUUCAACUACAAAAAUUAAACACACUAGGACCCUUUUGGGGCUAUGAGUUACUGUGAUAAAAUAUAACUGGCAACACGGAGACCAGUCUCAAAGCUGCUGGAUAACUGCGGAAAACUUGGUACAAAUUUUACAGAGAUGAAAAAGAGAUGA